AUGAGUCCUCCGGAGUUGGCAGAGUUGAGGAAACAAUUGGAUGAGUUGCUCCAAGCAGGAUUUAUUCGACCCUCGAAGUCACCUUUCGGGGCGCCCGUGUUAUUCCAGAGAAAACAUGAUGGGAGUUUGAGAUUAUGUGUUGAUUAUAGAGCAUUAAACAAAGUGACUGUCAGGAAUAAAUAUCCCAUUCCGUUGAUUGUCGAUUUGUUCGACCAGCUGAGUAAUGCUAAGUAUUUCACGAAGUUGGAUCUCAGGUCAGGAUACCAUCAAGUGAGAGUGGCCGAAGGGGAUGAGCCAAAAACUACAUGUGUAACUCGGUAUGGAGCAUUUGAAUUUCUUGUUAUGCCUUUUGGACUAACCAAUGCUCCCGCUACUUUCUGCACUUUGAUGAACCAGGUGUUCCAUGACUAUCUCGAUAAAUUCGUAGUCAUCUACUUGGACGAUAUAAUGAUUUUUAGCACUUCUAUAGAAGAGCACUUGGAGCAUCUUCGGUUGGUGCUGACGAGAUUACAGGAAAAUCGGUUGUUUGUGAAGAAGGAGAAAUGUGUUUUCGCCCAAACGCAAGUCCAAUUUUUGGGCCACAUCAUUGAACGAGGGCGCAUUCGUAUGGAUAAAGAGAAGGUGAAGGCUAUCCAGGAGUGGCCGACCCCACAAAAUGCGGGGAAAAAGAAUCAGGUUGCUGACGCUUUGAGUCGCAGGGCAAAUUUGGCAGCACUCCGAUGUGUGGCCCCUAUAUCCGCUAGUAGAGUUUCCAAUGAAAUUCGUCAGCUCAUUGUGAACUUUUCCAAGCAAGAUCCGCAAGUGGUGGCCCUUAUGGAGAUGGUUAAAAAGGGUGUUUCGAAAUGUUUUUGGAUAGAAAAUGGCUUAUUGAUGACAAAGGGGCCACAAAUGUUUGUUUCUCGAGCUGGAAAUCUACGACAGAAGCUGUUGAAGGAAUGUCAUGAUACCCCAUGGGCCGGGCAUCCUGGUUGGAGGCGUACUGUUGCUUUGUUGGGACAAGGGUAUUAUUGGCUUCAAAUGCACCAAGAUGUGAUGGAUUACACCAAGAGAUGUCUUAUCUGUCAACAAGAUAAGGUAGAUCGACAGAGGACUGUUGGGUUGCUCGAGCCACUACCUGUGCCCGCUCGACCUUGGGAGAGUAUCUCCUUGGAUUUUAUAUCACGCUUGCCUCGAGUAGGAGAUCUUGGAUCAAUUUUGGUGGUAGUGGAUAGGUUCUCGAAGUACGCCACUUUUAUACCAGCAUCAAAGUAUUGUUCAGCGGAAGAGACUGCUAAGUUGGUGUUCAAACAUGUGGUGAAAAUAUUGGGGCAUUCCUCAGAGCAUAGUCAGCAGCCAAGACUUCCUCACACUAUGGAUGAGACCUCUCAAGGUAGAUGCCCUCGUGCCUCAAAUUUUAUGGGGGAGUGGAAGCAGAAUAUGGAGAUUGCCAAGGCUUACUUAAAGAAAGCAGCGAAGCGUAUGAAGAAAUGCGCAGAUCGUAACAGGCGAGACCUACACUUUCAGGUUGGAGAUUUGGUGCUAGUCAAGUUGAUGCCAGAACAACUUAGAUUUUUGCGCCAGAGGGAUCGUCGCUUGGUGCGUAAGUACGAGGGUCCAGUCUCAAUAGUAGCAAAGGUGGGGAAUGCUUCGUACAAAGUUGACCCUCCUACUUGGAUGAGAGUUCACCCUGUCUUCCAUGUGAGCAAUUUGAAGCCGUUUCACACCGAUCCCAAUAUCGAUAAUCAGAGUAUGUCUGCCAGGGAGUCAAUCGGCACACAACCACCCUCACAGCGUCAUGUUGACGAGAUUCUGGUAGGGAGAAUUGUUAAGGUGGGUGGAAAGCAAAGACGGAAGUAUCUAGUCAAGUGGGGAGGCUUUGAUCAGGAAGAGAACACUUGGGAAAGAGAGUAUGAUCUCAGGGCAUUCAAGCAAAAGAUUGAAGAGUUUCAGGCCAAGCAGUCGACGAGGACGUCGACAAAUUAG